GCACUAACCGUGUCUACUCUGCUGCACAAAAAGCAGGAAGCAGACAGAGCCCCGUGUGCGGUUAGCUCGGAGCUAAAGCUAAAAACACUUUGUUAAAAUGUCCAAAGGCCAAACGCUGAGAGCUUUGGUGAAUGUGCGGUUGACUGCGGCUGCUGAAGAGAUCUUUGCGCUGUUUGAAAGAACGAUAGCGGAGUAUGAGGAGGAACUGUGUCGCUCCAAAGAGGAGAACCAGAGGAACCAGGACACUCCACAGACUCCACGGAUUAAAGAGGAGCCAGAGGAGCAGAGCGUCAAACAGGAGGAAGACACGCUCCCAGCACAGCUCCCAGUGGCCGUCCCAGAGUCCAGUGCUGUCUGUGUGAAGACAGAAGAGUCCUCACUGCUUCAACAUAGACAAACUGAGCACAGAGAGGAAACACAGGGAGAGGACAUCAGCACAGAGCCACAUUUACACUCAGAGACUGAGGGACACAUGGAGCACUCCUCUGACACUGACAAUGAUGAAGACUGGAGAGCUCCAUUCAGCUGUUCAGCUGCACAGAUGGAGACAAAGGCUGAUGGAGACAACUGCAACCAAGUCCAGAAAGGCCAGACGCUGAGAGCUUUGGUUAAUGAGCGGCUGACUGCGGCUGCUGAAGAGAUCUUUGCGCUGUUUGAAAGAACGACAGCGGAGUAUGAGGUGGAACUGUGCCGCUCCAAAGAGGAGAACCAGAGGAACCAGGACACUCCACAGACUCCAUGGAUUAAAGAGGAGCCAGAGGAGCAGGGCGUCAAACAGGAGGAAGACACGCUCCCAGCACAGCUCCCAGUGGGUGUCCCAGAGUUCAGUGUUGUCUGUGUGAAGACAGAAGAGUCCUCACUGUCCCAUCAACAUAGACAAACUGAGCACAGAGAGGAAACACAGGGAGAGGACAUCCGCACAGAGCCACAUUUACACUCAGAGACUGAGGGACACAUGGAGCACUCCUCUGACACUGAACAUGAUGAAGACUGGAGAGCUCCAUUCAGCUGUUCAGCUGCACAGAUGGACACAGAUGUUGAUGGAGACAACUGCAACCAAUUCCAGAUCAGAGCCAGAGGCACCGCUGCACCAAACUCAGGUCUGUCCCACAAAUACAAGUCUGCACCAGAGACUAGUGCCACUGUGAACUAUGGAGACAUAUCAGCAACAGCCCAAGGAGCUGACAAGAAGAAACACCAGUGCUCUGUGUGUAUGAAGAGGUUUGGGACUAACCAGAUUUUACAAAGACAUAUUAGAAUUCACACAGGAGAAAGACCAUUCAGCUGUUUAAUUUGUUUGAAAAAAUUUACUGCAAAGACUAGUCUAGAUAACCAUGUAAAGAUACACACCGGUGAACGACCUUACAGCUGUUUAACCUGUAAGAAAACAUUUAAACAAAAAAACGGCCUAGAUUACCAUGUAAAGACACACACAGGCGAUAAACCAUUCAGCUGUUCAAUCUGUGAGAAGACAUUUUGCGAUAAGAGUGCUCUAGUUCGACAUAUGAGAACACACACAGGAGAGAGACCUUACAGCUGUUUAAUAUGUAACAAAACAUUUACCAUAAAGAAUCAUCUAGAUAGGCAUAUAAAAAUACAUACGGGCGAGAAACCUUACAGCUGUUUAAUCUGUAAGAAAACAUUUACCCAAAAAUCUAGUCUAGAUUCCCAUGUGAAGAUACACAUAGGCGAUAAACCAUUUAACUGUUCAACAUGUGAGAGAACAUUUACCCAUAAAACCAGUCUAGAUUACCAUAAAAAGACGCACACAGGAGAUAAACCAUUCAGCUGCUCAAUCUGUGAUAAGACAUUUUGUGAUAAGAGUGCUCUUGUUCAACAUCUGAGAACACACACAGGAGAGAAACCUUACAGCUGUUCAACAUGUGAGAAAACAUUUUCUCUUAAAGCCAAUCUACAUCAACAUUUAUGGAUGCACAAAAGUGAACGACCUUUCAGCUGUUCAACAUGUGAGAAGACAUUUGCCACAAGGGGUAAUCUAGAGAAACACAAGAGAAUACACACUGGUGAGAGACCUUACAGCUGUUCCAUUUGUAAUAAAGGGUUUAAACUCAAACAGCAUUUGAAGAAACACAUGAGAACUCACAAAACAGAAAGUGACUGAAGGCUAAUUGGUUGUGUUCAUAUGAUGUUUUAAAUAGAAUUUUGUGUUGGAGUCUGCUGCUUCAUUUUGAAUGAAAAUCCUGUCACAAUAAAUAGUUUUGUUUUUCUAAAAGACAAAUUUGAGCCUGUAAGUUUCUGUUCUUUUGCAUAAAUAACAGGCGCAAAUGCAGGGGAACGUUCUAUAGAUCUUUAUUGUUGAUUACAGCAAUACAGUCAGGUUAAAGGUAGCGUCCAGCAAAAUUCAGAGCAGAGUCUAAGUGCUUCAGACACCACUUAGGACACUACUCAGAGUCUAGUGCAGAGUCUAACAGGGUGAGAUUGCACCACUGUUUUAUAACCCUCCCCUUGUGAUAUCAUUUAGUGGUAGUUUUAAGGUCAGAUAUUUUUAACCUCAUUUGAACUACUUAAAUCUCCC